CCACUGAGCCCCAGGACCGACCCACAAGCAGGCCGCCCUCCCCCGCUCCAACCGGGAUCAUGACAGUCCCCAAGGAGAUGCCGGAGAAGUGGGCCCGGGCCGGGGCGCCCCCCUCCUGGAGCCGAAAGAAGCCCUCUUGGGGGACAGAAGAAGAAAGGAGGGCACGGGCCAAUGACCGAGAAUACAAUGAGAAAUUCCAGUACGCGAGUAACUGCAUCAAGACCUCCAAGUACAAUAUUCUCACCUUCCUGCCUGUCAACCUCUUUGAGCAGUUCCAGGAAGUCGCCAAUACCUACUUCCUGUUCCUUCUUAUUCUGCAGUUGAUCCCACAGAUCUCGUCCCUGUCCUGGUUCACCACCAUUGUGCCUUUGGUUCUUGUCCUCACCAUCACAGCUGUUAAAGAUGCCACUGAUGACUAUUUCCGCCACAAGAGUGAUAACCAGGUGAAUAACCGUCAGUCUCAGGUGCUGAUCAAUGGAAUCCUCCAGCAGGAGCAGUGGAUGAAUGUCUGUGUUGGUGACAUCAUCAAGCUAGAAAAUAACCAGUUUGUGGCGGCGGACCUCCUCCUCCUUUCCAGCAGUGAGCCUCAUGGGUUGUGCUACAUAGAGACAGCAGAACUUGAUGGAGAGACCAACAUGAAAGUGCGCCAGGCGAUCCCAGUCACCUGGGAGCUGGGAGACAUCAGUAAGCUGGCCAAGUUUGAUGGUGAGGUGAUCUGCGAACCUCCCAACAACAAGCUGGACAAAUUCAGUGGAACGCUCUACUGGAAGGAGAGCAAGUUCCCCCUGAGCAACCAGAACAUGCUGCUGCGGGGCUGCGUGCUGCGAAACACCGAGUGGUGCUUCGGGCUGGUCAUCUUCGCAGGUCCUGAUACUAAGCUGAUGCAGAACAGCGGCAGGACGAAAUUCAAGAGAACAAGCAUUGAUCGCCUAAUGAAUACUCUGGUGCUUUGGAUUUUUGGAUUCCUGGUCUGCAUGGGGGUGAUCCUGGCCAUUGGCAAUGCCAUUUGGGAGCACGAGGUCGGGAUGCGCUUCCAGGUCUACCUGCCCUGGGACGAGGCGGUAGACAGUGCCUUUUUCUCUGGCUUCCUCUCCUUCUGGUCCUACAUCAUCAUCCUCAACACCGUCGUGCCCAUAUCGCUCUAUGUCAGUGUGGAGGUCAUUCGCCUGGGCCACAGCUACUUCAUCAACUGGGACAAGAAGAUGUUCUGCACGAGGAAGCGGACGCCCGCGGAGGCCCGCACCACCACCCUGAGCGAGGAGCUGGGCCAGGUGGAGUACAUCUUCUCCGACAAGACGGGCACCCUCACCCAGAACAUCAUGGUCUUCAGCAAGUGCUCCGUCAACGGCCGCAGCUACGGUGAUGUGUUCGAUGUCCUGGGACACAAAGCUGAAGUGGGAGAGAGGCCUGAACCCGUCGACUUCUCCUUCAAUCCUCUGGCCGACCAGAAGUUCUUAUUUUGGGACCCCACCCUCUUGGAGGCUGUUAAGAUGGGGGACCCCCACGUGCACGAGUUCUUCCGCCUCCUCUCCCUGUGUCAUACUGUCAUGUCAGAGGAAAAGAACGAAGGGGAGCUGUACUACAAAGCCCAGUCCCCGGACGAGGGGGCCCUGGUCACUGCAGCCAGGAACUUUGGUUUCGUGUUCCGCUCUCGUACCCCCAAGACCAUCACUGUCCAGGAGCUGGGCACAGCCGUCACCUACCAGCUGUUGGCCAUCCUGGACUUCAACAAUAUCCGGAAGCGGAUGUCGGUCAUAGUGCGAAACCCAGAGGGGCAGAUCCGGCUGUACUGCAAAGGGGCCGACACUAUCCUGCUGGACAGACUCCACCCCUCCACCCAGGAGCUGCUCAACAGCACCACCGACCACCUGAAUGAAUAUGCAGGGGAAGGGCUGAGGACCCUGGUGCUGGCCUACAAGGACCUGGACGAAGAGCACUAUGAGGAGUGGGCUGACAGACGGCUCCAAGCCAGCCUGGCCCAGGACAGCCGGGAGGACAGGCUGGCCAGCGUGUACGAGGAGAUUGAGAGUGACAUGAUGCUGCUGGGCGCAACGGCCAUUGAGGACAAGCUUCAGCAGGGGGUUCCAGAGACCAUAGCCCUCCUGACACUGGCCAACAUCAAGAUCUGGGUGCUCACCGGAGACAAACAAGAGACGGCUGUGAACAUUGGCUAUUCCUGCAAGAUGCUGACGGACGACAUGUCAGAGGUGUUCGUGGUCACUGGCCACACCGUCCUGGAGGUGCGGGAGGAGCUCAGGAAGGCGCGGGAGAAGAUGGUGGACCCGUCCCGCACCGUCGGCAACGGCUUCACCUACCACGGGAACCCAUCCUCUCCCAAGCUCACCUCUGUCCUGGAGGCCGUGGCUGGGGAGUACGCCCUGGUCAUCAAUGGACACAGUCUGGCCCAUGCAUUGGAGGCCGACAUGGAGCUGGAGUUUUUGGAGACGGCCUGUGCCUGCAAAGCUGUCAUCUGCUGCCGGGUGACGCCCUUGCAGAAGGCGCAGGUGGUGGAACUGGUGAAGAAGUACAAGAAGGCUGUGACGCUUGCCAUUGGGGACGGAGCCAAUGAUGUCAGCAUGAUCAAAACGGCUCACAUUGGUGUGGGCAUCAGCGGGCAAGAAGGGAUCCAGGCUGUCCUGGCCUCAGAUUACGCCUUCUCCCAGUUCAAGUUUCUGCAGCGCCUCCUGCUGGUGCACGGGCGCUGGUCCUACCUGCGCAUGUGCAAGUUCCUCUGCUAUUUCUUCUACAAGAACUUUGCUUUCACCAUGGUCCACUUCUGGUUUGGCUUCUUCUGCGGCUUCUCAGCCCAGACCGUCUAUGACCAGUAUUUCAUCACCCUUUACAACAUCGUGUAUACCUCCCUCCCCGUCCUGGCCAUGGGGGUCUUCGAUCAGGACGUCCCCGAGCAGCGGAGCAUGGAGUACCCUAAGCUGUACGAGCCGGGCCAGUUGAACCUCCUCUUCAACAAGCGGGAAUUCUUCAUCUGCAUCGCCCAGGGCAUCUACACCUCCGUCCUCAUGUUCUUCGUCCCCUACGGAGUGUUUGCUGAGGCCACCCGGGACGACGGCACCCAGCUGGCCGACUACCAGUCCUUUGCAGUCACUGUGGCCACGUCGCUGGUCAUUGUAGUCAGCGUGCAGAUUGGGCUGGACACGGGCUACUGGACGGCCAUCAACCACUUCUUCAUCUGGGGCAGCGUGGCUGUCUACUUUGCCAUUCUCUUUGCCAUGCACAGCAAUGGGCUCUUCGACAUGUUUCCCAACCAGUUCCGGUUUGUGGGUAACGCGCAGAACACCCUGGCCCAGCCCACGGUGUGGCUGACCAUCGCGCUCACCACGGUCGUCUGCAUCCUGCCUGUGGUCGCUUUCCGAUUCCUCAAGCUGAACCUGAAGCCCGAUCUCUCCGACACGGUCCGCUACACCCAGCUGGUGAGGAAGAAGCAGAAGGCCCAGCACCGCUGCAUGCGGCGGGUGGGCCGCACAGGGUCCCGGCGCUCUGGCUACGCCUUCUCCCACCAGGAGGGCUUCGGGGAGCUCAUCAUGUCGGGCAAGAACAUGCGGCUCAGCUCCCUGGCGCUCUCCAGCUUUACCACCCGCUCCAGCUCCAGCUGGAUCGAAAGCCUGCGCAGGAAGAAGAGUGACAGCGCCAGCAGUCCCAGUGGAGGGGCGGACAAGCCCCUCAAGGGAUGAGGGCCGGGACCGCUCUGCCCCGUGCCAGGGAUCAGAGCUCACAGGGCGGGCCGGCCACCGAGAGGACCGGGUCGUAGCUGCAGGUCUCCCUGCCUUGCCCCUCCCAGGCAUCUCCCCUGGUGGACUCUGUCCUGCUGGCCCCACCAGCAGCGUCUGGGACAUUCCAGUCAGGGGCCCUGCCACCAGCUGGGAGGGUGGAGGGGGCAGGCCUCGAGCAGAGUACGGGCUUGGCCAUCUGGAACCAGCCCCAGUGGGGGACCAGAUGUGGAACCAAAAACA